AUGGCUUCUGUGGAAGAGCGGAACUCGAGAACUAUACACACGGCGGCGUGUCUAAUCAUAGGCGAUGAGAUACACGAUACGAACUCGGCUUUUAUGGCUAAAUGGUGCUUCUCCCUAGGUAUAAGUCUGAAGAGAGUGGAGGUCAUCGAAGAUGACGAAGCUGAAAUCAUAGAGGCUGCUCGAAGAAUGAGUGAUCGUUAUGAUCUAGUUGUUACUAGCGGUGGCAUAGGUCCGACGCACGAUGACAUCACAUACCAAUCUAUCGCCAAAGCGUUUGGAUUGAAUCUCGUACUACACGAAGAGGCAUUCGAACGCAUGAAGAAGCUCGGUAGGUUCAAGAGGACGGAGUCGGAGCCGGAGUUCAAUUGGGAUGUGGAGUCUCCGGUUAAAACUGCACGACUGAGGAUGGUUCGAUUGCCCAUCGACGAAUCUCGCGAUCUGGCAAAGCAAGCCUUGUUUCCCGACGAUAAGGCCUGGGUUCCUAUUUCGGUAGUAAAUGGGAAUAUUCAUAUUUUGCCGGGAGUCCCGAAAUUAUUUGAACCGAUGCUGAAAGGCCUCAAACCGUUCAUAGUCGAUAGGCUGGAGGACCCGGAAUGUAAUGGACUUUACAGAGUUAUCAUCUCUACGCCAUUACCCGAAAGCAACAUCGCCGAUUAUCUAACCAAGUUGGCGGCUAGGGUUGAGCCGAAGGGUGUGAAGGUCGGAAGCUAUCCUCGUUGGCAGAAGAAAAACAAUACUGUGACGCUCGUCAGCAAAGACAGGAAGUUCGUCGAGAGCCUCGUUCGUGAGGUCGUCGAAAAUGUCAAGGGACGUCGGGUGUUGGUGGAAGGUGAGGAUGAUGAGGAAGAGGCAGCUACAUAA